GUGAGCUCGGAGUGACGCGGCGGAGCGGCUGCCAGGGGCUUUUUUUUUGGUACUUCGGCAACUGGAGCGAGAAGGGACCAUUGAGUGACAGGGGAGACAGCACAAAAACGGGUUAAAAUAUUGUCCAUCAGAGAGUCAGAAAAGUGAAUCCCUGUGAGCAAGGGGAGACAGAUCGGCAAUGGCUUCGGGAGGAGAGUCCAAAUGUGAUGACUUGUCAACUGCUAUUCUGAAGCAGAAGCAUAGACCCAAUCGACUAAUUGUUGAUGAAGCAAUUAAUGAAGACAACAGUGUGGUUUCACUGUCUCAGGCAAAGAUGGAUGAACUGCAACUUUUCAGAGGUGAUACUGUAUUGCUGAAAGGAAAGAAGAGACGGGAAACAGUUUGCAUCGUUCUAUCAGAUGAUACGUGUUCUGAUGAGAAGGUUCGCAUGAACAGGGUUGUGCGCAACAACCUGAGAGUGAGACUGGGUGACAUUGUGAGCAUUCAGCCAUGCCCAGAUGUAAAGUAUGGCAAACGAAUCCAUGUACUACCACUUGAUGAUACAGUUGAGGGCAUUACUGGGAACUUAUUUGAAGUUUAUCUCAAACCCUAUUUCCUGGAAGCUUAUCGACCAAUCAGGAAAGGUGAUAUUUUCCUGGUCCGUGGUGGAAUGCGUGCUGUGGAAUUCAAAGUGGUGGAAACUGAUCCAAGCCCAUAUUGUAUAGUUGCUCCAGACACAGUCAUUCACUGUGAGGGUGAACCCAUCAAACGAGAGGACGAGGAAGAAUCUUUGAAUGAAGUUGGAUACGAUGAUAUUGGUGGAUGCAGAAAACAGCUUGCUCAGAUCAAAGAGAUGGUGGAGCUGCCUCUCCGUCAUCCUGCCCUCUUCAAAGCUAUUGGUGUCAAGCCACCACGUGGUAUUCUGUUGUAUGGCCCCCCUGGUACUGGCAAGACCCUGAUCGCGCGUGCUGUUGCAAAUGAAACUGGCGCAUUUUUCUUCCUUAUAAAUGGACCUGAGAUAAUGAGCAAACUUGCAGGAGAAUCUGAGAGCAAUCUGAGAAAAGCAUUUGAAGAGGCUGAGAAAAAUGCUCCUGCAAUAAUUUUUAUUGAUGAAUUGGAUGCCAUUGCUCCAAAGAGAGAGAAGACUCAUGGCGAAGUGGAACGUCGUAUCGUAUCACAGUUGCUCACUUUGAUGGAUGGUUUGAAACAGCGGGCUCACGUGAUUGUUAUGGCAGCUACAAAUCGACCAAACAGCAUUGAUCCUGCCCUUAGACGAUUUGGCCGAUUUGACAGAGAGGUGGAUAUUGGUAUUCCUGAUGCCACAGGUCGACUGGAAAUCCUACAGAUUCACACAAAGAACAUGAAGUUGGCAGAUGAUGUAGACCUUGAGUAUAAUCUUCAUGUGAUAGCUAUAAAAUGUCAAAAAUUGCAAGAAUACUAG